GCAUGACUAUCGAUCAAGCAAAGGUUCGUCCAUUUUCAUUCUGCGCGUAUUCGCCCCCCAUAUCUCCCAUUUUACGUGUAGCGGUACGUUUGGUUCCUGCGAGAUAUUCCACAUCAUCAAGAAUGGCUUCGUCAGACCUCACCCUCCAGGACUGACAUGGUCAUGGUCACGGAGUCUGACACCCGCACUGCGAUGACUACCGUCCGCUUCAGCUGGGGCUGGCCAAAGCGCCUCACACGCCGCAUAUCCUCAUUAUUCAAAGGUGUUCGUUCUUCGCGCGGCACAUCAUCACGUGACGAUGAAGACGACUUCGGUGUGUGUUCCUCGCCUACCAUUGCGGUAGAGCGGCACAAAAGCGCUAGUGCGCGAAUGUCAGGUUCGGAAAUCCACGAGGACGGGAGGCGUCGCGGUGUUGGACGCUCUGCCAUUGUGCGUAACGACUCAACGCCAAACAUGGGAAGGAGAGAAGAAUCAAUUGAGAGGUGGGCCCGGAAUGCAUCCAAGAGCAGGGCCCAUGAUUCCAAUGUCAGUCGCCCACAUUCACGACACCGAGAAUCCAAGACCCUUCUUCCACUUGAUCAAAGUCAAUCCUGUGCAUCACACUCUCAAGGCCGCCCCGCCAGCCGUGGUAGAGACAAUGCAAGCACUCCCCUUCCAGAGGAUGCGAUGUUCUUGGGAGCUGGUGGCGUGUGCAAUGACCCGAGCAGCCUCAUUUCGUCAAACUUGCCCUUAGGCCUCAAUCAACCAACCGGUUACUCUCCCGUCAUGUUACGCCAUCCACAACCUGAACGCCUCUAUGUCGCUACCACGACUUCAGUCGUCCCUGAUCCGCCCUUGCACGAUUCUGGGCACAACCGACAUCUCCCUGUUCGGUCUGCUACCCAAAGUCCCAGUCCCUUGCAGCAAGUCGCAUACGAAUCGGAGCCCAGCGCGACGAGCGAUGAUGACUACGACGACCUCGACGACCUCGACGAUGACUCCAGUUUCUUCCGCGACACUCACAGGGAUCGCCAAGCAGAGUCGGAGGCUUUGCAGGCUAGCACCAGCCUUAUGUACGAUGAGAUAGAUGAGGAUGAGAGUGAUGAGGAGACGGUCCCUAUUGAAGUAAAGCGGAGGCGUCCAUCUGUUUCCGUCACGGCUACCUCCCCCGUCCCUCGUUCUGACUUUUCAGAUGACGCCCAGUCUGGAUGAGGUCGAGGCAGGCACUUUCUGUACAGCACUUUCAACACAUUAUGAUAUCUCUCGGACUGUUCUAGACGAUUCCUCAUCCUCCCUCUGCAACAUACCGGCGGUCGGCCGCCUGCAGUUUCCACUCAUUCCUGACUUAAACUCACAUCCCAUUUUUUUCCUAGACCUAUGUAUUUCCACUGCAUCUGUGAUUUUAUCCUCUUUUUGCUUCCCUUUCAAGAGGCAACAUAGAAUUAGGUAGCUUGCUAGACGUUACUGCUGCAAGGAAGACACGAAAUCUAUAUCGUGUUCCUACACAUAAUGCUGUGCCCCACAACAUCUAAAAAUAUCUGAUCGAGUUCGUACGC